GGGCCAUCUUCUAUUGCUUUCCCAGGCCAUAGCAGAGAGCUGGAUCGGAAGAAGAGCAGCCAGGACUUGAAAUGGCACCCAUAUGGGUUGCCGGUGCUGCAGGCUGGGACUUUAACCCGCUGCACCACUCACCAGCCCUUUGCAUAGACUUUUAAAUCAGUUUGGGCAAUUGUGUAAGGCCAGCAUUCUGUCACAAAGUCCAUUACAUGUGUUUGUGUUUAUAGAAAUUUCUUAGUGGUUCAGCUUCUCUGGUUAAACUCAGGCUGAUACCAUAAGCAAGCAAAUAAAUAAUCCCUUUAAGAUCUAAAUAUAGAUAUCUAUGCUGAUCUCUUUCUGUCUGUAUAUCUCUAUUACUGUCUAAAUCAAUUCUCUUAAUGAGAAAAGGCUUUUCUUGAAGUUGUCAGUUAAUGGGGUCUAGAUAUUUUGGAAUUUCAGCGUGAGAAUGUUUAUGAAUACAGCUUCUAACUUAUCUAUUUAAAAACUCACUUCAAUUAUUGGACCUGUUGAAUAAUUAGAAAUAGAAAUCUCUUCAAGCAUUCUUCAAUCAAAAGGUGAUUUUCUUCAGGUAUGCUGGAUCCUAGUAUUUCUGGUAUCACACUUCAUCUCCACUCCCUGUUUCCCCAGGGUUUGUGAAAGGGGACAUGUGGCAGAGGAAUCAGACCUCCCUGGCAGACUUCAUCCUUGAAGGGCUCUUUGAUGACUCCCUCACCCACUUUUUUCUUUUCUCCUUGACCAUGGUGGUCUUCUUCAUUGCAGUGAGUGGCAACACCCUAACCAUUCUCCUCAUCUGUGUGGAUCCCCGGCUUCAUACACCAAUGUACUUCCUGCUCAGACAGCUCUCCCUCAUGGACUUGAUGCAUGUUUCCACAACCAUCCCCAAGAUGGCUGCCAACUACCUAUCUGGCAAGAAGUCCAUCUCCUUUGUGGGCUGUGCAAUCCAGCACUUCCUCUAUUUGUCUCUAGGUGGUGCUGAAUGUCUUCUCCUAGCUCUCAUGUCCUAUGACCGCUAUGUUGCCAUCUGUCACCCCCUACGUUAUUCUGUGCUCAUGAACAGAAUGGUGGGACUGAUGAUGGCUGGCAUAUCAUGGCUGGGGGCAAGCAUAAACUCCCUAAUCCACACAAUGAUUUUGAUGUACUCCCCUUUCUGUGGGCCUCGGAAGAUCCACCACUUCUACUGUGAGUUUCCAGCUGUUGUGAAGUUGGUCUGUGGUGACAUCACUGUUUAUGAGACCACAGUGUAUAUCAGCACCGUCCUGCUUCUCCUCCUCCCCAUCAUCCUGGUUUCCACAUCUUACAUCUUCAUCCUCCACAGUGUCAUUCAGAUGCGUUCAGCUGGAAGUAAGAGAAAUGCCUUUGCCACUUGUAGCUCUCACUUCACCGUGGUUUCCCUGUGGUUUGGGGCCUGCAUCUUUUCAUACAUGAGGCCCAGAUCCCAGCGCACUCCACUGCAAGACAAAGUUGGAUCUGUCUUCAGUAGUAUCAUCACUCCCACGCUGAAUCCUCUGAUUUAUACUCUUCGGAAUAAGGAUGUAGCCAAGGCUCUGAGGAGAGUACUGAGGAGAGAUGUUCCCACCCUCUAAUUGUAAUUGUAGUUGCCUUGAGUGCAGAGUGAAUGGGAUAAGCUCCAUAUGUUGAUCUGGGUGAACCUCUAAGAUUUUUCCUUGUGCUCUUUAACUACUGUGGGAAUGGCACAGGACUCCACUAUUCUAACUUGAUAUCAUGCUUUCUAGCCCUGUGGAAUACCUUUAGUAAUGCUUUAGAGAUGUAGGGAAAAAUAAAAGAAACAUUUUAAAUUAAGACAUAUAGGGGCCACACUGUGGCAUGGCAGGUAAAGCCGUUGCCUGCAAUGCCAGCAUCCCGUAUGAGUACUGGUUCGAGUCCCAGCUGCUCCUCUUCUGAUCCAGCUCUCAGCUAUGGCCUGGGAAAGCAGUGGAAGAUGGCCUAAGUCCUUGGGCCCCUGCACCCGCGUGGGAGACCAAGAAGAAGCUCCUGGCUUCAGAUUGGCUCACCUCUGGCUGUUGUGGCCAUUUGGGGAGUGAAUCAGCGAAUGGAAGGCAUUCUCUCUCUGUCUCUCUCUCUCUCCUCUCCUCUCUUUCUCUCUGCCUUUCAAAUAAAUAAAUCAAUCUUAAAAAAAAAAGACAGUAAAGGCCAGUUCUUCUUCAAAAAGAUAAGAGAAAGACAUAAGAACUAUUUCCCAUUAUUAUUUCAACAAAAUUAUAUGAAGUAUACCACUAGGGAUGGGUGUUUGACUCAGUGUUUAGAUUUCUGGUUGGGAUUCCUGCAUAACAUAUUGCAAUAUCUGGGUUCCAUUCCUAGUUUCUGUUCCCAGCUCCCUGCCAAUACAGACUCUGAGAGACAGCAGCUUAUGCCUCAAGUACAUGGGUCUCUGCCACCUAUGUGGAAGCCUUGGCUUGAGUUUCUGGCUCCUGGCUCUUUACUGACCUUGUCCUGAUCAUUUGGACAUUUGGGGAGUGACAAAUGAAUGGGAGAUGUGUCUGUCUUUCUGUCUCAAAUUAUAAAAAAAAAAAAACAAAAACCAAAA